GGGGCGUUCUCUCGGACGGGUCCGGUGCUCGGCUUCCGGUGGCCUCACGAAACGAAUUUGGAACCUUCAGACCUGGGGUGGGGGCACCUGCCAUUGCACCUUUUCUGUCUCGGCCGCAGCUGUGCUCCCCGAAGUGGUAAGGUAUGGGGUGUCGCGCUCAUUUUUCGCUGGUUUAUUCAGAUACUUGCAGGGCGUGUGUUCUCGUUCUCCGGCUGCUUCGCGUGAGCGUUCCGGGUGGAGAGGCUGCUGCUGAAACAGCAGAUCGAAUAAAUAAACAUAAGCAUGCGAGAAGAGAGAAAAAAAUGAACUUAAUUUUUUUUUUCUUUUGGGAAUGGAGAUUCGUUUUUGAACUUUUCUCGGUAAGACUGAGAAAUUAAGCAACAGUAACCAUCAAGAAGAAAAAUGUCGGUGACACUGCAUACAGAUGUAGGUGAUAUUAAAAUAGAAAUCUUCUGCGAGAGGACACCCAAAGCAUGUGAAAAUUUCUUGGCUCUUUGUGCCAGUAAUUACUACAAUGGCUGUAUAUUUCAUAGAAAUAUCAAGGGUUUCAUGGUUCAAACAGGAGACCCCUCAGGUACCGGAAGAGGAGGUAACAGUAUCUGGGGCAAGAAAUUUGAGGAUGAAUACAGUGAAUAUCUUAAGCACAACGUUAGAGGUGUUGUAUCUAUGGCUAAUAAUGGCCCAAAUACCAAUGGAUCUCAGUUUUUCAUCACCUAUGGCAAGCAGCCACAUUUGGACAUGAAAUACACAGUAUUUGGAAAGGUAAUAGAUGGUCUGGAGACUCUAGAUGAAUUGGAGAAGUUACCAGUAAAUGAGAAGACAUACCGACCUCUUAAUGAUGUACACAUUAAGGAUAUAACUAUUCAUGCCAACCCAUUUGCUCAAUAGUUAUAAUAGGCAUGGACAAAUACUUGGCAGACUAUUUGAGGAACACACCUAUUGCGGUUUACCCAGCUUGAAUUACGUCAGAGAUUGUAUCAUCCUGCUUGUUUACAACUAAGAUCUUCUGAGUCCGUGAUACCAAGGGGAACCAAAUAACUUAUACUCUUCUGAUUGAGCAUAUAUUCUUUACUAUAACUAUAUCCAAUGUAUUUAAGUUUAAUUUUUUUAAAAAAAUGUUUACCUUUUGUUACAUAAAAACAAUCAUUUUUAAAUGCUGAGUUUCAAAUCA